AGUCCCGACAUUAACCCGAGCCCGAGCCGCGCUGCUCCGACACCGGGACUCUGCGGGACUUCACGGGCUCUCUGCGUAUUUCAGGGUGUUGGAGGGGGGCAGAGGGGAGGAUAUUUUCUUCUUGCUUUUCCCUCCUCGCUGGUUCUCCUUCUGCAAGAAAACACGGAGCCUCUCCGGCAGCGGGAGGAGAAGCGGACCGAGGAAACCCAUGCGGACUGGAGAGACUUAUCAAUGAACCAGGAGAUCAUGGCGGAGGGUCCCCGCUGCAAGAGGCGCAAGCAGGCCAACCCGCGCAGAAAGAACGUCCUGACCUAUGACAACGUGGUGGAGACGACCUCGGAGACCGACGAGGAGGACAGGACUCCGCUGUGCGACGACAACGGCCUCGCUGACGGAGCAGGAGGACGAGGAAGGGCGGAGGAUGAGGAGGCAGGCAGCCCCGCCGGGAUGCCCUGUCUGGAGGCGUCGCCCCGGGUCGGCCACGCCCUGCUGUCCCUCCGGGACCAGGAGGAGGUGGAAGGCCAGGAGGAGGCGCAGAGCUGGAGGCUGGAGGAGGACGCACACCUCGAUGACCGGAGGGAUGAGUACGGCGCGCUGCAGGCUGGGGGAAACAGUGCAGCGAGGCGGCUGGAUGGCAUUACCGAGUUGAACGACUACUUCCUGAAGCGCAAACUGGACGAAGGCGACGGUCACCCGGCAACCAUCGCGGAGUACCUGCAGCGCAGCGACACCGCCAUCAUUUACCCAGAAGCCCCAGAGGAGUUGACGCGACUGAGCACGCCCGAGGCCGCGGGUCAGGACGAGAGCGAGCACGAUCUGCCGCCCGGCGCCGCCGACGACUUCGCUCAGCUGCUCACGUGUCCAUACUGCGAGCGCGGCUACAAGCGCCUGACGUCUCUGAAGGAGCACAUCAAGUAUCGCCACGAGAAGAACGAGGAGAGCUUUGCCUGCCCGCUGUGCGCCGACACCUUCAGCCAGCGCGCUCAUCUGGAGCGUCACAUGACCACACACAAGCCCGCCGGAGACCAGCCACCGCUGCUCAAUGAAGGAGCUGGAAACCGCAAGUUCAAAUGCAACGAAUGUGGAAAAGCCUUCAAGUACAAGCACCACCUGAAGGAGCACCUCCGUAUUCACAGCGGUGAGAAGCCGUACGAGUGCUCCAACUGUAAGAAGCGCUUCUCCCACUCUGGAUCCUACAGUUCCCACAUCAGCAGCAAGAAAUGUAUCGGUCUGAUUGCCCUCAACGGGCGUGUGCGCAACGGAGGGAACAAACCUGGAUCUUCUCCAAAUUCGACAACCUCCUCGCCCGGAAGCCCCGCCCUCGCCCAUCUCCGGCAAAAACUGGGCUGCGCACAAGAUCAGCAGGGUCCGCUGGACAUCAAAGCUGAGCCAUUGGACUUCAACGACUACCGACUGCUGAUGGCCUCACAGCCCGGGUUUACAGGACCAGGGGUCUACCUAAAUGGUCAUGGCGGAAGCCCCCUGGGCGUACAUAGCUCCUCCCAGAGCCCACUUCAACAUCUGGGAGGCAUGGGGCUAGACUUCCCCCUGCUGGGUUACACGGGAUCGCUUGGAAGUAACCUGAACAAGGUGCAAAAAGUGCUUCAGAUGGUGGACAACACUGUGUGCAGACAGAAGAUGGACAGUAACCCAGAAGAAAUAUCCAAGCUAAGAGCCUAUAUGAGGGAAUUGGGGGCUCAAAUGAAGGCCCAAGCAAGUUUUCAGGUGAUGGGACACAGCAGCCCCACUAAGAGCAUAAUCGACUACACACUGGAGAAGGUCAAUGAGGCUAAAAGUCUGAUCAAUGAGUCCAAGACACAAGUGGAUGUCAAGAAGGAGAAACUAAACACCUCAGUUGACCUGAGCAGUGCAGAAAAGUCAUUUGACGAACAAAACCAGCUUGUUCCAUUCUCUUGCCAGUACUGCAAGGAGACUUUCCCCGGGCCCAUCCCUCUGCAUCAACACGAGCGCUAUCUGUGCAAAAUGAAUGAGGAAAUCAAAGCAGUCCUUCAGCCAACAGGCAGCAGUCCUUCCAGCCGUCAGGGUGCAAUAGCUGACGAACUGUCCAGUAAUGACAGGGCAACCAGCCCCCCCAACCUCUUCAAGGACCACGUUUCAGUACUCAAGGCCUACUUUGCUAUGAACACUGAGCCCAACUCAGAGGAACUGCUCAAGAUUUCACUUGCAGUUGGCCUUCCUCAGGAGUUUGUUAAGGAGUGGUUUGCCCAGUGGAAGAGUCAAAAUCACCAUAUGGGAAGUUUAUGGAAAAAGUCCCCCCUUCCUGACCGUGGUGGACCAGACCACAGAUUGAGCCAGUCUCCAAUGCCACUUUCUGCCAUAGAUUUACAUGGUGGCUUCACCAAUGGUGACGCUUCCCACAGACUCACAAAGGCUAACCAGUUUACAGCUAACAGGCAAACAACAGGGGACAAACCACUAGACCCCUCGGACCACUUGAGAAGCAACACUCCAUCACCCCUCAACCUUUCUUCCACCUCCUCUAAAAACUCUCAGAGUAGCUCUUACACUCCAAACAGCCUCACAUCUGAGGAUGCCCAUGGGGAUAUACCACUGGAUCUUUCACUGCCCAAACACAUUGCGCAGAAGCUGGGGGAGAGGAGACCCAGACCUAAUGGUUUAGUCACCGAGCGCAAUGGGGAAUUUUCAAGACGCGAACAAGGCUGCGGGCCCUUAGACAACAUCAACAUCAAGAAAGAGAUCUUGGGCUCUGAUGGCGGAGGGAACUCCAACCAGCUGGAGAAAAGCACCAGUCCCAUCUUUGGGAUUAAUCCCUUCACUGGCAACCAUGUCUACACCUCCUUGCCACCUCAUGGAGCGUUUCCUCCACCCACCUUUAUGAGUCCUGCCGCGGCCACCAUCCCAGGCCUCAGGCCGUAUCCAGGUCUCGAUCCCAUGAGCUUCCUGCCUCACAUGGCCUACACCUAUGCCACCGGAGCUGCAACAUUUGCUGAAAUGCAGCAGAGGAGAAAGUACCAGCGGAAAGGUUUACAGGGGGAUCUGCUGGACGGGACGGUGGACUAUCUGUCAGGCCUGGACGACCUGACAGACAGCGACUCGUUGCUCUCCAGGAAGAAGAUUAAGAAGACUGAAAGUGGUAUGUACGCGUGUGACUUGUGCGACAAAACAUUCCAGAAGACCAGUUCCCUCCUAAGACACAAAUAUGAGCACACAGGUAAACGUCCUCACCAGUGUCAGAUCUGCAAGAAGGCCUUCAAACACAAGCACCACCUGAUCGAGCACUCGCGCCUGCACUCCGGAGAGAAGCCCUACCAGUGCGACAAGUGCGGCAAGCGCUUCUCGCACUCGGGCUCGUAUUCGCAACACAUGAACCACCGCUAUUCCUACUGCAAGAGAGAGGCGGAGGAGCGCGAGGCGGCCGAGAGAGAGGCCAGGGACAAGGGAGGCGGAGGCGUGGUGGCCGCCGGUCUGGAGCCCACCGAGCUGCUGAUGCGGCAGGCCUAUCUGCACGGCCUGGGGCCGAUCGGAUACUCGGACCUGGAGGACCACCAGGAGGACAACGGCGGUAUGAUCCUGAGGGAUGGCAGAGAGGGAGGGGAAGGACAGGUGGAGAGGGAAGUGGACAGCAAGACGUACAAGGAGGUGACAGACAGUCAGGAGGAAAGUUUCAGGGAAAGACAGGAGGACGAGGAGGUGGAGGAGAGCUCCAGCAGGAGCCAGAUGGACUCGACGAGGGAGGAGGAGGGCAAAGACUCUGCACAGCUGAUGGACGAGAGUUCACAAGAAGGGAAGACAGAAGGCAAGUCGGACCAGGAGGACUGAUCCAGAAAAGUGAAGCAGGAAAAAAAAAACACGAUCAGGGCGCGCAGAGCGUCUGCUCUACUGACGAGACGUCUUUCAUCUGUCUUACACCAAAUUAUUGUUUCACAUCAGACUUCCCUCAUUAAGUUUACAGUGAAAAUAGGUCAGGAAGGUUUGCUUUGUCUUGCACUGUCCUGUUAUCCGUCGUCCACCGCAAGGGACGAACGGAGCGUCUCCUCUGCCACAUCAGUGUGUUCCAGGCUCCCGCCGGUUCGUUUCGCAUUAACAGUAGUGACAAAAAAAUCCGAAGACUUCAGAUUUAUCAGGUUCGGUCGGAAAGUUUUAGAUUGUAAAUAGACAUCUGUAAAAUUUUGAAGUUUUAAAACCUCGAAAGACUUUGUGUAUGACACUCAUACAUGUUUUUCUUUUUUAUUGAUGUUUGAACCCUGAAAAUCUAGUUUUCUUCGCUCACGUCCCAGGUCGCUACCGCUCGCGCUAGUGAGAAUAAACACAAGUGCAAUGAUUUGCCAGACGUCAACGGUCGUGACCUGAUCAUUGGGUCGGUCCAGGUUUCCAGCUGUUGAACAGUUUUUUAAUGCUAACUCGGCUAGCUGCUAACAUUGCUCAUAUGGAGUUCCCAUGAAACCGCUGCUGGAAAACUCAUUUAUUACCAGGAUUUACAUGUUUUCUUAAAUCCAAAGCAUUAGGGUUGAACUUCCACCAGGAUGAGUCGUCCACAUUUUUUUAUGCCAAAUUCUAAACUUAGACAAAAUUUUAACCGUUCUCGGUCAACAUUCUGGUGUGUAGGUGACAUUUGGUAUCUUUUAAAACAAUUUAAACGUUUCAUUUAUUUUCGUUACAAUGCUAAUGCCACUAAAGGAAGAGAAGCUGCUUCAUUUCACUUAGAUUUGGUCAUAUUUUAACAGUAAACCCUGAUUAUGUGACAAUAAUCUGAAUCUUGCUCUCCACCUCCGAUUCAGCUAAUAUUAGGUGCCACACAUUAUCUUGUAUGGUUGUGUUUUUCUGAAUGAACAAAUGGUUGGAAAUUAUAAACAACGAUGUGGUUUAAGUCCUUUAAAGAUAGAGUAUUAAAAUGGAGAUGCAGAGAUUCAAGUUAAUUUUCAAAGAGCAUACAGUAACAACAAACCAGUGAAAACUAAUGGUCUGUGCUACUAGCUUCAGCCUCUUAGCUUUUGUUAGCUUGAUAACACUGGGCUUGCUGUGCACUUGCUAAGCUGUUCACCUUUUCGCAUAAUAGAAAAGAUCAAAUCAAGGUCCUUUUAUUGACAGAUAAACCGCAACAUUAAAGUAGAGAUGCACAAAAUCAAAAUAUUUUUCGUAAUAAUUAUAAUCAGAAUAUAGUAACUUAAUCAACCACUGGGAGACGGGAGGGGCUGUUAGCUACUUUAACUUCUUAGCCAUCACCAGGCUCUGCACAGUGAUGGCUAAGAAGUUAAAGCAGCUAACACUGCGCUCAGCUUAUGUAUUACAUGUUACAGUUAUGUUACAUUUUGGAUAAAAUUUGUCAUCCCAAAGGUUUUGUUGUUCCUCCAUCGCGUUAGCAUUUCAACCCAGUAUGAAGCUAAUGCUACAAAGGUCCAGAAGCAGCUGUGAAACCUGACCAUGUGAAAGCAGGGAGGCCCUUGAAAUCUGAAUUUACUCCUCACCGACCAGCGACUGUUAUUCAGCUAAUAUUAUCUGGCGCACAUUAGCUUCUUAGCUGAAACAGCUGCUUGUUCGCGUGGAUCGCGGCUCUCACCCUGAACCUGAUAAUUCAAAAGUCACAAAUGUUUCACGUGAAAUUCAACAAGGACAGGAACGUUAGUAUGAUGAGUUCUGAUGAAGGAAGUCUGAAUAACGCAGUGGGGGUUCGACUAGUCGUUAUCGAUCGUUAGCAGUGGUGUUACGAGGCUGAACUACUGAUGCAGCUCGUUUCCACACCUGAAAAGGUUCACAGGUCUCAGAUGGAACAUGGUGACCGCUGACGUCAAGUCACGAAGGCGGGAGAACGGCGAAGUCCAUGAUAUGCAAAAAAAAAGAAAAAAAAUAUGAAAUAAAAGAAGAAGUAAUGCUUAUCACUAUAAUGAAAUGAAGUGAAACUUAUUAAUGUACAGUAUUAUAAAGGCCUAAAAGCUGUGUGGUGCUAAAAUGUUCUUAACUUCUGUGUCUCGUUGUGUUCGAAACCAACUUCAGAAAAUUGCACUCGCCUCCCAAAUCACUACAAAAUAAUAAUAAUGAAAAAAAGAUUUAAAAAAAAGAGGGAAUGAAGCCUCGAACACUCAGACACGUCCUGUCAGUGUUAUUGUUGUAAUUUGUCUCCUUUUACUGUGACAUUUUUUUUGUUUUGUUUUUGUUUUUUUAUCCUACUUUGUUUUUGCCAACUAACCACACGGUUUUGGGCCUCCUGAUUCUUUUUUUCUUUUCUUUAUGUGAAGGAAUAUUUAAACCUGUGUGAUUUUCCAAGUAAAAUGUUGAUGUGAGUCUUAAAGAGAAGUGAGAGGAGCGUGACAGGAAAGGCUCCCUCUCAGAAAGAGGACAGGGCCUUUUUUGUGUGUUUAAUUUUUCUCCAGAGAAAGCCUUAUAUGCAAACCUUUCACCUGUGCGUUUUAUAAAGUGCCAUCCCUGUACAGUGUCACACCUGUCCUCGGCUUCAGUAUUACAGUGAAUAUCUCAUCCUGUUUGAUUCAUCAGUAUUAGCGUAGAUAGAAGGAUGUUUGUUAGUUUACAAAUGUUUGUGCAAUUUCAUGUCUUUCUUUUUGUUCCAUGACAGUAUUUUUGUCAGUAUUACUAUUUUGUUUUUUUGUUGAAUUUUCCAACACAAAUUUCACUUUUUUUCCUUUUUUUGAGAAUUUGCCAUUUUAUUUAUGUGACUCAUUUUAUAUUUCUAAUUUUAUUUAUUUCAUACUGUAGUGUACAGUAUUAGAGUUCCUCACAAAUACAUAUAUUUUAGUAAAGAGGUUCUGUCAUCGACUAUUGGGACAAAAACAUGUGAGAGGGUCUGCGGUAUUUGGUAAAUUUCUCCUUUGUUUUCUUUACGUCUUAUUUCUUUUUGAAACUACUGGAAAUUCUAAAUUUGAGGAAGUUUUGAUACAAUGAUUAUUGUGAAAACACUGUAUUUUUCAAAGUUAAAAAGUCCACUUUAGUCAUCCCAGUGAAGCGGUGAUGAAGGACUGAUGAUGAUCGUGAGGAUGAUGGUGAAGGAAUUCCUGAAAUGUCUGAAGUAUUCUUAUUUUAAAUGUUUAAUUUCUCUGGGAAAUGACCAUGCUCGAAUAAAUGUAGCCAAAUUAAAUUUUAAUAAAGCUGUGUUAUUCUU